CCGGCCCCUGCACGCUGCCAGCUCCGGGUCCUCUACCAUCCGAGCAGAGACGGCCUAGUCCGGUGUGUUCACAGCCCUCUCGGCGGGCGAGCGCUGGGACCAGGUCAGUGCAGAGCCAGGCCCAUAGCGCCGAGAUCGCGAGGCCAGUCUGGGGAGGUCACCGCCGAGAGGAGCACCGGGGAUCAUUGCGAACAUCCCCAACCUUGUGCAGGGGGCGGAAACUGAAGCCGGAGAGGAGGCAGGAGAGUCCAAGGUUACACGUAUAUUUCCAGAUGUGGCCGACCUUGGGAGGUUCUGAAUGAGACCCAAUGAAGUUGUGUUCUGUGGCUGGGGCCAGGGCUGGAAGUUCACAAGGAGGAGUAGACCCCAGAGAUACUGGUGCUGGUUCCAUUUCUAAUUCUACCUCAGGGGAUAGAUUCAGGACUUGGGUGUGAAGUCACCCCACCAGGUGAACAUCAUGGAGGUGGUGAGCCUGGUGGAGGACCUACCUCAACUGUUUGAGGAAGAAGGUUUGCCAUCUGAGGGUGGUUCCUUUCUCCCCGAGGGCACCAGAGAAGCGGAGGGGAUGGCCUGCUUGCCCCUGACAGCUGGCUCUCAGGAAUCAAUGACGUUCCAGGACGUGGCUGUGGAGUUCACCAAGGAGGAGUGGGAGCACCUGGACCCUGCACAGAGGGCCCUGUACUGGGAUGUGAUGCUGGAGAACUAUAGGAACCUGGUCUGCCUUGGGCUUCCAUUUUCCAAAACAGAUGUGAUCCUCCAUUUGGAGCAAGGAGCGGCACAAUGGAACACAAAGAAGGAAGCCCUAAGAGUAGUCAACCAUCCAGAUUUCCAGAAUGAGGAUACUAACUUGACCACCACAGGGUCAACUACAGAUAUGAGCAUUUCUAUGAAAGAAUCGUUGCAGGAAAGAUGGAAAAGAAAAAUUCCUUUAGAUUACAAGUUAGGUGAGAUCUGGGAAUGUGACAUCAGAUCAGAGAGGAAGAUGGGACUUUCCAAGCAAGUAACACUUACUCAAAAAAAUGCUUCUAAAAAAUCUCCUGUCCAAGAAUGUAAUAAAUUAAGGGAAAAAUUCAGUCUGGAUUCAGCCUUUAUUUCACAACAGAAAGGAAAGAAUUCCUAUAAAUUCAGUAUAGUUGGAAAGAGCAUAAAACAGCAUUUUAGUGUAUUAGAAAAUAAUAGAAUUUCUUCAGACAAGAAACUUUUCAAAUAUUAUAAAUGGCAGAAAGACUUCAGUCACCACUCUGAUCUUACUCAGCAUCAGAGCACACCUAAUGGAGAAAAACUUUAUGAAGGCAGUAAAAGUGAGAAGACCUUAAUUCAGAGUGCAAACUCUAGUCAAUAUCAGAUAAGCCAUCAUGGAAAGAAAUCCUGUGAAUUUAAUGAAUGUGAGAAAUCUUUCAGAAAUACUCAUCACCAGAUGGAGUACAGUAGAGAAAAGUGCCAUAAAUAUAAUGAAUGUGAAAAUUUUUUCAGCUGUAAAUCAUCCACCAAUGCUCAUCAAAAAAUUCAUACGCAAUAUGGUGCAGGUGGGGAAUUCUUCAAUAAAAGCACAUUCCUUAUUCAAUGUCAGAAAAUUUAUACUGGAGCUAAAAAAUCCUAUGUUUGUCAUGAAUGUAGGAAAGCCUUUAGUGACAGCUCAUCCCUUAGUAAACACCAGAGAAUUCAUACUGGAGAGAAGCCAUACAAAUGCUUUGACUGUGGAAAAGCUUUUACUUAUAGCUCAUCUCUUACUCAACAUCAGAGACUUCAUACUGGAGAAAAACCAUAUGAAUGUGAUGAAUGUGGGAAAGCCUUUCGCUACAGUGCAUCUCUAAUUCAGCAUCAAAGAGUCCACACUGGAGAGAAACCCUAUAAAUGUAGUGAGUGUGGGAAAGCCUUCAGUGACAGUUCGCACCUUACUCAACACCAGAGAGUUCACACAGGAGAGAAACCCUAUAAAUGUGGUGAAUGUGGGAAGGCCUUUAGCCACAGUUCAUCCCUUACUCAACAUCAAAGACUUCAUACUGGAGAGAAGCCUUAUAAAUGUGAUGAAUGUGGGAAAGCCUUCUACCACAUUUCAUCCCUUACUCGACAUCAAAGAAUUCAUACUGGAGAGAAGCCUUAUAAAUGUGUUGAAUGUGGGAAAGCCUUUACUAAUUGCUCAUCUCUUUUUCAACAUCAGAGAAUUCAUACUGGAGAGAAACCCUUUGAAUGUAAUGAAUGUGGUAAGGCCUUUAGUAACAGUUCAUCUUUUAUUAAACAUCAAAGAAUACACACUGGAGAGAAACCCUAUGAAUGUAAGGAAUGUGGGAAGUCUUUCAGCCAUAGAUUAUCCCUUAUUUUACAUCAUAGAGUUCAUACUGGAGAGAAACCCUACGAAUGUAAUGAAUGUGGGAAGGCCUUCAGUGACAGCUCCACUCUUACCCAGCAUCAGAGGAUCCAUACUGGAGAAAAACCUUAUGAGUGUAAUGACUGUGGGAAAGCCUUUAGCCAUAGUUCAUCCUUUGCUAAACAUUUGAGAACUCACACAGGAGAAAAACCUUAUGAAUGCGAUGAAUGUGGGAAAGCCUUUAGUCUUAACUCAUCCCUUAUUAACCAUCAGAGAAUACAUACUGGAGAGAAACCUUAUAAAUGUAAUGAAUGUGGGAAAGCCUUUGGUGAAAGCUCAUCCCUUAGUAAACAUCAAAGAAUUCAUACUGGUGAGAAGCCAUAUAAAUGUGACGAAUGUGGGAAAGCCUUUAGCUAUAGCUCAUCUCUUACACAACAUCAAAGAAUUCAUACUGGAGAGAAGCCAUAUAAAUGUGAUGAAUGUGGGAAAGCCUUUACUCAUUACAAAUCUCUUACACACCAUCAAAGAAUUCAUGCUGGUGGGAGAGUUGGAAUAACGCCCCCAUGCUGGGAGGAACAUAAUGUGAACUCUGGCCUGAGGCAAACCAUGAGGCCUUCUCUUCAGGAAGUGAUGUUUGCUAGUGGGUACUGUCAAUCAAAAGUGCCAGCCAAUUAGCUUGGAGCUGUGUGUGUGUGGACUGCCCUGUUUCCUAUUGGAGAAGAGGCUUCUGGG